UUUAAUUGCAAAUCUUUCCUUAAAGUCCCUGCCAAAAUUAAGGACAACUUGAGAUGAAUAAAGAUAAUGCAUGCUCAGGUAUUCAGCUAUCCUUGCCUAUGGCCACUAAAGAAAGUAGAUCACGAUAGACAGAACUCAAGAAUAUAAGAUAAAAUAUAAUCCGAAAAAUCUAGGACAUCUUGCAAAGUUAAAUUCAAGUUAUAAAGCAAAACAAUUCAAACUGUAUUAUUUCGGCUUUAUUUUAAAACCAUUAUCAGACAGAAUGAAAAACUUGUCUUGUUUUAUAACUUGAAUUAAAUUUCACAAGACUUCCUUGUUUAGAUUAUGUUAGAUUUUUCUAUUUAAUAAAACUGUCGUCUGGUGAAGGAUUACGGCUCAUGACUGUUAUAUAUAAUGUCAUAAAUGUGAACAAGUCGACAAGAAAAGUACAGUUUAAGACAGCGGCAUAAUUGGCUGGGUAUCAAGGUAUCACCCAAAUUAGGCGGGAGCAUACAUUGUAUCUGGUGUUUGUUUUGUUAUGUGUUAUGUCUACCCGCGUUCUUGUUGUUAUGUGGUUAUGUGUUAUGUCUAUCCCGCGCUAUGUCUAUCCCGCGUUCUAUACACGUUCUUGUUGGUUGUAUUGCUUUCUCUAUGACGUGAUCUUUGAAAUGUUUAGAGCCUUUAGGCUGAAGACUAUUACCUAUUUUAUUCAUAAAAAUAUCCGACAUGGAAGGACAGUUUUGUGAAGAGAAAAAUUCGAGCAGCGUACACAACACCGAUGAAAGAUUGAUUAGAAUUUUACAAAGACUAAUGUAUAUGGGCUCCUUCAGUAAUGAAAGAGUGAUCGGUGAUGACUCUCCAGCUCAAUCGAAUGUGAAUGAUGAUCUCACAAAACCUGAGAUCACAGAACCGGUGGAAUUUACUGCCUCUACCCAUUGUAUGGUUAAGCGACUUCAAGGAUCACAUUCUUGCAUCACGUCUAAUGUAAACACAGGCAGGCCAAAGACUGAGCAAGCUUGUGUCAGUAGACAUUCGCACCUACUUAAGAACGAUGAUGGAAGAAGAACUCAGCAGGAAAUGUCUUUUUCAAAAACUCAAGAAAAGGCAGAAGACGCUUUACACUUCAGCCAACAGGCGAGGAUGAAUGACUUAUCGAAUGAACGUAAGGUGCCUAUAUUUUUGUCAACCCUGCAUGGUGAUGCAGUUCCAGAAAGCCCCAUCGAACAACCCCAACACACCAACAAGAUGGCCCCGCCAUCGUAUGAAAGCUCGCAUCACGACAUGUUGUGUAGAGAUGUUUUAUCUGAUUUAAAGUGUGCCAUGUGUCAUCGGCAAUAUAUUGAGCCUCGACUACUUCCAUGUCUACAUAGCUUUUGCUUAGGAUGUCUGGAAGAUGAGGUAUCUCACCGAACAGAAAAUUGGAUACGCUGUUUAAAAUGUCAAAAAGAUUUCGAGGUUGAUAAUGUUAAUAGUUUACCUCCAGACAUUUUCGUCAAUACGUUGCUUGACAGAGCUGCACUUGAGCGUUUUGAAUUGGAACCUAUUUUCUGCAGUAACUGUGACGACAAAUUACCAGCGACUGUUCGCUGCCUCGACUGCAUGGAUUAUCUUUGUUCAACAUGUCACGUAGCCCAUCAUCGAUUGCGUUUAACUAAAGGUCAUCAGGUGGGAUUACAUUUCUUGUUAAAUCAUUUUGGAUUGAUGCCAUUAUAGGAUAUUGCAUAGGAAUAGUUUUGAAAUAUGCAGCAAAAGAAUCUAGCAAGGAAAUGUUAGUUUUCACAACUUUGCCAACUUUUCAAUAAAAAGACGUCACGUACCCAAAAAAAAUAUGAGGGGGAAAUGCUAAAGAUAUGGUGAAUAGUCUUUUAAGAAAAAGGUUAGAACUUAGUUCUGCCUUGCGAUUUUAUUGUUGAGUUUUGCAACUAAAAUGCGUUCUUUCGUCAAGAGAUUAUUACAGUAAACAUACUACAAAUCUAAACAAUGUGGGCAUCGUUGUCCUCUCGUGUUCUGGUCUACCGAUAAGUUUUUCUUCCUGUUAAUUUUGAAUUGUUAAUUUUGGCUCUGUUUACAACAACUGGCACCUGCUAGUACUGUUGAUUUGUACAUCUGCGACUAGCACCUUGCGUGUUAACUUAGCACAAGCGAAGGUGUAAUUUAAACACCAAUAUCAAAACUUUAAAAUUUUUAGACGCUAAAUCAACAUUUUUGCCGUUUUAUAGUGUUAAAUCAGCGCCCACAUCAGAACUAAAAUAAUAUAUAUGCUUCUUUUAUCACCAACAUAAGGCGUACGUUAGCACUAGUAUAAGUUAAUUUUUAGCACCUCAAAAUCAACAGUGUUGCAUUCAGUGUUUUGUUUCUUUGUUCUCAAAGCCCUUGUUUUUCAGGGGAAAAGACAUACUUCCCUCCACAAUGUAUUAGUGGCUUUUUUAAUUAUGCUAGUUUUGAAAUAAAUUGAACGGUUUGAAUCCGGGAGAAUCGUUACAUGUGUGUGGAUGUAGAUCGUCCAGGUUAGUAGAGUCCUGGGCAGGAGUGGAUACAGGUUGAUGUUACUGAUGCUAGUGCAUCAGUCAGAUUUUCAGAUAUUGCGCAAUCUUCGUUAUUCCAAAAAACGGUCAAAAGUGAAAUAAAUCGGCAAAAAUGCAUACAGUUCACCCUGUGCAUUUCUAGUGAAUUUAUUUAAUACUGUUACGUUAAGAAAAUAGACAUUUAUGUAUGAUUGAAAAACUUAAACGAAGUAAUACAGAAAUGAAAACAGAUAGUCCGAUAUGUAAAGAGUGACAUUUCAAAUCUUAGAAGACAAAGAUUUAAAUUUAUAAAUAUAUUUACUCACUCGGAA